CUAGAUUGCACACAGUUUAUGGCCGGCCAUGAGCGCCUCUUGCUAUUCCUACGCAAGAUUUGUGAAAAUUUGUUAAAUGUUAUAUGUUUUUUUGUAAACAUCAAACACACAAAAUGUCUAGUUACGUCCUAACAAGAAGUUUCGUUGGUGCGGCAAAAAAAAUAUUGUGGCGUACUUUGCAUCGACCGAUACACGAAGCUGCUGAAAGUCAUCAGAUUUCAAACGAGGAAAUACAGGCAGAUCUUCCAGUGCAGUUGGAAAAAAAUCCGUAUGAGAAGCCGCGAGUCAAAUGUAUUUUGUGCAAAUACAAUAUAGAGCCAGAUUAUAAAAACGUAAGACUGCUUUCCCAGUUCCAGAGCCGUUACACAGGACGAAUUUAUGGACGCCACAUAACUGGCUUGUGCAAGAGUAAACAGGCAAAAGUUGAACAUGAGAUUCUAAAAGCACAAAAUGCUGGUUUCAUGGCUUACUACUUCAAGGAUGUGACGUACGUGAAAGACCCCCAGCUCUUUGAUCCGGAUCAUCCAUUUAGGCCCCAUAAUUAUUGAGUAAUACUUGACUUAACUUUAAGAAACUGAUAAACAAAGUUUGUCAGUUUGUACGAAAAUAUGUAAAUAAAUAAUGUUUUUGUAGCACAAUAUGCUGCUGCACAAG